AUGUACAUUCGGGCUUUUGUUGCUGCUCUUUGCCUUCUUGGGCCAGCCAAUGCGGCGCCCACUGCCUACACUGGUCUUGCUGCCCGUGAUGACCAGACCCCUACAGUGUGGCCCCCUCCCCAAGAGAUCUCGCUAGCAGGCAAUAAGGUCUCACUCGAUGGCGAUGUCACCAUCGUAACCGGCAAGGCCAAGGACGAGGCCACGAUUAACGCAGUCAAAGCGGUCGUGACUGCCGCCGGUGGCAAUGCCGCCGUCUCGUCUGAGUCCACCGGCAGCGGCACGCAGAUCUUCAUCGGAACCAUAGGGGAAAAUGCCGCCGGAGCUGCCGCUGCCAAAGCUCUCACUGGAAAGUCUGCAGAUGGUCUCGAUCCCGAUGGCUACGUCCUCGCGGCUGGUAACUAUGAAGACAAGCCGAGCAUUGUCCUCAAUGGCGUGGACGAUCGUGGCACGUUCUACGCGGUACAGACUCUUCGCCAACUUCUCGAUGGCAGCCAAGUUCCAGGUAUCAAAGUGCGCGACUGGCCGCUCAUGUCUAUCCGCGGGUCGAUCGAGGGCUUCUACGGCGUCCCCUGGUCUCACCAGGCACGUCUCGACCAGUAUGCCUUCUACGCAAAGCACAAGAUGAACACCUACAUCUACACGCCUAAGGAUGACCCGCUUCUCCGCUCCAAGUGGCGCACUGAAUACACCGGCGAGGCGCUUUCCGAACUCCAGGAGCUCGUUGACACUGCAAAUGCCAACCAUGUCGACUUCACCUUUGCUCUUUCGCCCGGCCUGGACCUUUGCUACUCGUCCGAUGACGAUUUCACCGCUACCACAGCCAAGCUUGAUCAGAUUCGCGACCUUGGUGUCCACAGCUUCUAUAUUGCUCUCGAUGAUAUUGGUCUCGAGUUCCACUGCGACUCAGACAAGAAUAAGUGGGCUGACACUGGCGAUUCGAGCAACAUCGCCGAGGCCCAGACCUACUACCUGAACCGUGUUCAAAGCGAGUGGAUUGAAGCGAACAACCUCGACAAUCUCGAGACCGUCCCAACCAACUACGCCGGCAGCUCCUCAGACCCCUACAAGAAGAAAUUCGGCACCACCCUGAACAAGAACAUCCGCGUCCAGUGGACCGGCGAAGGAAUCUUCAGCGACGAAAUCACCGUCGAAAGCGUCCAAACCGCCGACACCACCUACAACACCGACAACCUAUUCAUUUGGGACAACUUCCCCGUCAACGAUGCCGAUCGUGAUCGCCUGUUCCUCAACCCACUAACCGGCCGCGCCGCCGAGCUCUACAAAGACAUUCUCGGCUUCACCACGAACCCAAUGCAACAAUCCUACGCAUCCAUGCUCUCCCUCGCCAACUACGCCGACUACACCUGGAACGGACCAGCCUACAACGCGGACGACUCAACCGCCGCAAUCCUGAAAGAGCUCGCCGGCAACGACAAGAAAGUGCAAGACGCGCUCGACGCCUUCGUCGACCUCCACCAGAACUGGCCCUACCGCAACCCAGCAGUCAACUCCCCCAAGAUCGACGCCGACAUCAAAGCCUUCUGGGCCGCGCGCAAAGACUCCAGCGACGGCGCCCAGCCACUCAGCGACCGUCUCAAGCUCCUCGCCACCGUACCGGACGUACUCCCCGGUAUGGCUAUGAAGGGCUUCGCCAAUGAUGUUGCUCCCUGGGCGGAUGUCGUGAUGCAGUGGGCUACUGCGUGCCAGCAUUUGAUCACCAUGUUGGAGGCGAUUGAUGGUGGGGAUACAGCGAAGGCGGAUAGCGAGUAUAAGAGUGCGGAGGAGUGGAUUGAGAAGACGAAGGCGAAGACUGUUGAUGAUCGGGAUAGUUCGGGUACGGAUAUUCCUGACUCGAUUGUUCCGGCUGUUGGCGGUGAUGCGUUUACCAAGUUCCUUUCUGAUGCUAAGGCUGUGAAGGAUGGGCAGUAG